AUGUCAACGUCCUCGGGCACACCAAAAGAAAACACAAAGCAAGAGGAAAACGGUCUUUUUGACAACCGAUCGGCCAACUCGUCGGUGGAUCCAGAAAAAUUGACUGAUGACUCCAGUGCAGAUGACAUCAACAACAACAGCAAUGGACACGGAGCCAACUUACUCUCCAACUACACGGAGGAGGAGGUGAUGAACAUGGGCCGGGCUUAUGGUAAGAAAAACAGCUUGGAUGAAGAUUUGUUUGCCAAAGCUGCAGCAAUUGCAAGAGAUCCUCGAGGAUACAACUCGAUGACGUUUCUCUCGGAGAAGGAUAAGGAGUCGCUCUACAAGGAGGAGCAACACCCUUGGGCUCUUCCUUGGAAGAUGUAUUGGUUGGUUUGCACAGCUUCCAUGGCUGCAUGCAUGCAGGGAAUGGAUGAAACUGUGAUCAACGGUGCAAACUUGUACUAUCCAAAGGCUUUUGGCAUUGGUGGAGACUCCGACCGAGACAAGUGGCUUCAGGGUUUGGUUAACUGCGCCCCAUACUUGUCUGCAAGCUGCAUCUCGUGCUGGAUGACCGACUGGAUGAAUGACCGCUUCUCCAGAAGAGGUACUAUCUUCAUCUGCUGUGUGAUUGCCAUUCUAACCUGUCUUUGGUCUGCUCUAACGAAUACCUGGUGGCAUUUGUUCAUCGCGCGGUUUUUCCUCGGCUUUGCCAUCGGUCCAAACACCACGACUGUGCCAGUUUACUCGUCCGAGAGCUCCCCAGCCAGAAUUAGAGGUGGCUUGGUUAUGAACUGGCAGAUAUGGACUGCUUUUGGAAUUAUGCUUGGCUACGUCUUCUCCUUGGCCUUCUACAGGAUCCCUGCCCAUGGCAUUGGUGAAGGUCUCUCGUGGAGAUUGAUGCUUGGAUCAGCCAUGCUUCCAUCAAUUGUUCUUGCCGGACAGAUUCUCUUCUGCCCAGAGUCUCCCCGUUGGCUUAUGGGAAAGAAUCGCCAUAAGGACGCCUUUAAAUCCAUGUUAGCACUUCGUUCGACCGAACUUCAGGCUGCAAGAGACACAUUCUACGCCAGUAUUCUCAUCAUGGAGGAAGGUUCAAGUGAUCUCUCGUUCUUCCGGAAGAUCAAGGAGAUGAUUACCGUCAGGAGAAACAGAAACGGUGCCUUUGGUGCCUGGGUGUGCAUGUUCAUGCAGCAAUUCUGCGGUAUUAACGUCAUCGCAUACUACUCAUCCAGUAUAUUCGUCGACUCUGGAUUCUCCGAAAGAAGUGCACUUAUUGCCUCCUGGGGCUUUGGUAUGCUCAACUGGGUGUUUGCACUUCCUGCCUUCUUCAUGAUCGACAAGUUUGGCCGCAGAACAUUGCUUCUUUUCUCCUUCCCACUCAUGGCUGUGUUCCUUCUUUUGGCGGGCUUCUCAUUCUGGAUUCCAGAGUCUGAAAUGCAGGCAAGAGUUGGAGUUAUCUCCUUGGGUAUCUAUCUCUUUACCAUCGUUUACUCCUCGUCUGAAGGCCCUGUUCCAUUCACUUAUUCUGCCGAGUGUGCCGCUCUAUAUGUCAGAAAUGUUACCAUGUCUUUUGCAACCGCUACUUGCUGGUUCUUCAACUUUGUUCUUUCUCUCACGUGGCCUUCUCUUUUGAAGGCUUUCAAGCCACAAGGUGCCUUUGGUUGGUAUGCCGCAUGGAACUUCGUUGGCUUCCUAUUGGUGCUUUGGUUCUUGCCUGAAACUAAGAAUUUGACUUUAGAAGAGUUGGAUGAUGUCUUUGAUGUUCCUACCUACAAACAUGCCUCUUACCAGACUAAGGCUCUAAUAAAUGGUUUCCAGAGACAUAUUCUACGCCGGAAGAUCAAGAAGUUGCCUCCUCUCUACGAAACCCACCGGAUGGCUGUUACAAAUUCUUCAUGGGAAGAACAAAAAGAGACUGUCUCUCACAUAGAGUGA